UCCCUUCUCUCUCAGCAGAGCUGCGAAGCUGGGGUGAGCUGCCAUGUGGAGCUGUGGCCCACUCAACAGCACAGUGUGGGGUGAGGAGCCGCUAUGCCGCAACCUGCGCCUGGGGCUGUGGGUCCUCUCGCUGCUCUACCUGGGGGCAGGUGUCCCUGUGGGCUUAGGCUACAAUGCCCUGUUGGUGCUGGCCAACCUGACCAGUAAGAACAGCAUGACCAUGCCAGAUGUGUACUUCGUGAACAUGGCUGUGGCGGGGUUGGUGCUCACGGCACUGGCACCUGCAUACCUGCUGGGUCCUGCCCACUCCAGGUGGGCCCUGUGGAGCCUCAGCAGUGAGGCCCAUGUGACACUGCUCAUCUUAUUCAAUGUGGCUUCCCUGGUGACCAUGUACUCCACUGCACUGCUGAGCCUCGAUUACUAUAUCGAGCGUGCCCUGCCACGCACCUAUAUGGCCAGUGUGUAUAACACCCGGCAUGUGUGCGGCUUCGUCUGGGGAGGAGCGGUGCUCACCAGUUUCUCCUCCCUGCUCUUCUACAUCUGCAGCCAUGUGUCUUCUCGCAUCGCUGAGUGUGCCCGGAUGCAGAACACAGAGGCUGCUGACGCUAUCCUCGUGCUCAUCGGCUAUGUGGUGCCAGGUCUGGCUGUGUUGUAUGCGCUGGUGCUCAUCUCAAGGAUUGGGAAGGAAGACACGCCCCUGGACCAGGACACUAGCAGGCUGGACCCCUCAGUGCAUAGGCUGCUGGUGGCCACUGUGUGCACACAGUUUGGGCUCUGGACACCUUACUACCUGAGCCUGGGGCACACAGUGCUGGCCUCACGGGGGAGGACCGGAGAGGGGCAUUAUCUGGGCAUCCUACAGGUUGCUAAGGACUUGGCCAAGUUCUUGGCCUUCUCAAGCAGCUCCGUGACACCACUGCUCUACCGUUAUAUCAAUAAAGCCUUCCCCGGCAAGCUCCGACGGCUGGUGAAGAAACUGCACUGUGGGCACCGGCACUGCUCCCCUGACCCUGCAGGGAUACAGCAGGUGAUGGCACAGGCGUAGCUAAUCCUUCCCUGGUCUUAAGUCCCAGGAGAGGACCUGACCAUGAGGAACACUAAAAUUCAACUGGACGCAUAGCACUUUGUUCCCCAAGCACAUGGCGCUUCCAUCUCCAGGAGACAUGCUGAAUCCAGAAUAGCACAGGGGGGCAUUUCUCUUGACAUCUUCUGUCUUUUCCCCUAAAAGGCCAAUCUUGGUCUGCAGCUGCAUUGCAGAAAGCAGUGGUGCCUUGUGCGAACAGGCUGCUUCUAACUAACCUCCCCACCUACCCCUCAAGGUGUGAGCCUUUCUCCCAGGGACACCAUCAAGGUUCAUGUCCUCAAACGCAGGCUGACCUUUGGACUCCCUGGUAUUUGGGCUUUCUAAAUGAAGUGAUGAAAUCUAAAGCCAGUAUUUAUACUUCGUAUUGACACAAUACUUGAUUCUCCUCUCUCUCUCUCUCUUUUUUAUAAAUAAAACCAAGUGUUAGAAAAAUGCCUAAUAUUAAGAUGAAAACAGUACAAGGGAACAUGGCUGUCACUGAUACCAAUGUUACAGCUUGAGGACAGGACAGUGUGCCUGUCAGGCCUGAACUGUUGACAAUGAUAGCUGUGGAGCACUGCACCUCUCCCCAGCCACACACACCUGGCUACCUUUCUAACUGCUGAGAAACGAUUUUGGUAUUGGCCUGUCUUCUUUCCAGUGCUGCAACAUGUGCACAUCAAUAAAUGGAAGAAAGUCUCUCAGUGCAGAACCUGAAGACCUCUCCAGGGGAGAGAUCUGGACAUGGUAGUGUUAGCCAGGCAUGGAAGGGAGAGGCAGGAUGGUAUGAGGCCAGGUAGGUACCCCAAGAUGACCAGGGACUGGCAUCUGCGGUAAAGGCCCUGCCUGGCUGGUUUCACACAGCUGUGGGGUGGUACAGGAUGAGGCUUGCCUUCUACAGGUGUCUGGGUCCAGACCUCACCCACGUGCCUCUGGGGCCUUGUAUUUGGUAAUUAACUACUCUAACAUGUGGGCAUGAAAAGAAUUCCUCCCGCCCCCAUUCCAUCACUGUCACCACCCCAUUCUCUAGGGUUACAUUGCAAACCCACAACUCCCCGUUCCCCAGUUCUAAAGCUCCCCUCACAUGAUCAUCUAACCUGUCUCUGCAGAAGGUCAGUGUGAUCCAUACUCAGUGGUCUUCCUCCACAGCCCUAAGGCUGUCCUGGCUGCUUGGGAACUUCAGCUAGGAGUAACUUUAGUUUUUAUCUACGCUAUGCAAACUACAUCUCCUGGGAUGGUGACUGCCUGAGUUAAUCUGCCUUAAAGAGGAUCGGGGAGGGAGGUGCAUGAGGUCCUCAACCCUGGCUGUGACCCACUGGGCAUGCUCGUUGGGGCACAGUUCCUCAUGAAUAAACCACAAGGCUGGAUUAGACAACAGCCUUCAGGAUUGCUUCUGGCUGUAGAGUUUUGUUUUAAGGCUUUUAAAAUAACAAGCCUAACUUGCUCUAUCCUUGCUUCCAGAUGCACAGCCGGAUGGAGGCUCUGAGGCUCUAGUGGCUGCCAGGCUUUUCCAUCCCAACAGCCACAUUGACCACCUUAAUGCUUGCUGAGGAAACAGGAACCCUCACCAUGAAGGUUCUAGCUGGGCCUAGCCUGCAGACCAAUGUAAUUCUCCUAUGGGUGAGAGCAAGCAAAGCGGCCAAGGUCAGGGCAAGCAAAGGGCAGCCUAAGCUUUGUAGGUCAUAGGGGAAACAGGAUCCAGCUGGGCGGGGCUGUUUGUGAUGUUCCUGUCCCAGUUUAAAGCAGUCAUUGCCCUUGUUGACCCUUUUACACCUUUUGCUCCAGGCAGAGGUCCUGGGAGAGGCAGACCCCAGGUCCUGGAAUCUUUCACCCCAAUCAUCUCAAGCAUGGUGGGGAGAGGCCCAGAUGUUCCUUAGUUACACUUUCUCAGUGGCCAAGUUCUAGGGAACCCUUGAGGGACUGGAAGCCAGGACCCUGUGACUGGCAUUAACUAUAUAGCUGCUUGUUCUGCAGGUUUAGCCCAGUAGAUACCCAGCUGUCUGCCUGGGUCUUACUGGGGGAGCCACACAUGGCCAGAGGAGUGGCCAUCUGCAGAGUAGACCCUUUCCCUGUAGUGACCCCCUGGAGUGAUACACCCUCCCACCCAGGACUCUAUUCCUACCACCUGCCUCCCCUUGCCCCGGUCUUCCACUACAACUGCCCAAGCACUGCACAGUCACUGGUGCUGACAUCUGCUGUCUGUAAUUCUGUGCUAAGUUCAUCCUGGGAGUUCCCAAGUCUUUUGCCAUGCACCUCCCAAAGUAGGAAAAGCCUUAACCACAUAGGAGAAGAGGUUACUGCAACAAUGUGUGCGAGUGUGUGCUCAAGGGUAUGAUGCUUUCUUGCAUGACUUUAAGAUGCCAGGCAGGACACACAGUUCUCCAAGGAUUGUUAAUUUGGUUGUCAACACUUCUUGAUGGUUAUAAUUUACAAUGAAUGCUCUUAUUUUCAUUAACUCACAAGAGAGCCUGCCGUGUCAUUACUUAGGGUUCCAGAAAGUGACCUUUUUCUUGGGUUUCCUUCACAAUGUUACAUGACACGACAGAGGAAACUGGAGCCAAUGCUCUUUGGGGCAAAUAUACCCAGGAACCAAAAAAACGCCUGUUCUGUUAGAGAAAGCAAAGGCUGGACCAGGGAGAAGUUAUGGCAUUAAACUGCGUGUCUGGCUGGUUCUUGGGAAGAGGGGGGCUUUCUCAUUCCUGACCUAGAGAUCCACCCACGUGGCUGAAUCCAUUUGCCAAAAUUCUGUGAAUGUGAAAAAAGAAACUACUGAUGAGAUUCACACAUCUGAAUACUAUUAAAUUAUUUAACAUGAGA